UUGGGUAAAGCUGAUCCUUACAAUCUGGGCAGCUAAUUGGUGUAUACCCAUUGGCUUCUUUAAGAUAAAGGGCAAAUGAGACUCUCCUAUAUCAUUCCCGUUCAUUCUCAACAAGCUGAAACCAGUGCUUCCUUCUAGCUUCUUGCUUUCUUCACUGUAAAAGGUGUAUUGAAUUGUGUUGUUUCCCUUUCUUCCCCCCAUACUCUCUUUCAAUCCUAGUAUUACUGAGCCAGAAUUUUCAGUGCCUCUCAUUUCCCCAGUAACUGGAAAGGAGAAACAGAACUUUCAGAAUCAAUUUUUUGUUUGAUUCCAUCAGCUAAUUCUUUAUGGAUGAUGCUCUACUCCGAGCACCUCCAGGGGCCAUGUCCGGAUUCAGAUUUGAAUAUGGCACUAUGUCAGUCCUUCCAAAUCAGCAUCUUGUUAAUGGUUUCAAACUGAAUCACAGCUCUGUUGUAGAUCCUUAUCGAUCUCUGCAUCCAAAAAAUGCACAUGCGUUAAGUAGUGACUCAGCGACCUCUACAAGCUCAAGCUUCGAACUAGACUCGCCUGAUAAUAGUGAUAUCUCCAAUGUUGUUCUCAAAUACAUUAGUGAUAUGCUAAUGGAAGAAGAAUUAGAGAGUAAGAACUUUAUGUUUGAGGACUGCUUAGCACUGCAAGCUGCUGAGAAAUCCUUCUAUGAUGUUCUUGGCCAGAAAUAUCCCGCUUCUUUGGAUCAAUCACCUUUCCUUGAUCAAAACAUUCACAGCCUAGAGGGUACAAGCACUUGGUGUGGAUGUGGAAGUACUAAAAUCAGCAAAGACUAUGCUACUUCUAUCAACUUGGUGGACUCCAGUUGGAUUUUUGAUCAAUCAGAAUUUGAAUUCUCUUGUCAACGAAAUUAUUCUGCAGGCCACCUCGAAAAUGCUAUCCAGGUUCCAGAUUUAUAUUGUAGGUCAUUCUCUAAUGAUGAUUCUUUGCUUCUAUCAGAGUCUCAAACGAAGGAUUAUGCAAGAGGUUGUUGCUCUUUUAGUAGUUCAAGGGAUAGGAAACAUCAUCAGCGGGAGGAAAGUGCCUGUGUAGAAGGGAGAAGCAACAAGCAUUCUGCAUUUUCUGUUGAACAGCCCGAGGAUACGAAGAUAUUCGAUGAGGUGCUGCUGUGUCAAGCAAGAAACAACGACUCUGCAUCUUGUGUUACUCAAAAUGCAUUACAAGGUGGUGGCGAUGGACAGGAGAAGAAUCAUGGACGGACAGAAGGGUCAAACCGUAGAACAGCUCGAACAAAGAAACGUGGUAGCAAUAAAAGGGACAUGAUGGAUCUUUGGACUGUCUUACCUCAGUGUGCACAAGCUGUGGCUAAUGAUGACCAAACGACUGCAAAGGAGCUGCUAAGACAGAUAAAGCAAUAUUCUUCCCCUUUUGGCGAUGGAAACCAAAGAUUAGCACAUUUCUUCGCCAAUGGGUUGGAGGCAAGGUUAGCUGGCACUGGAACACCCGGAUAUGCACCCGCUGUAAAUAGUACAACAUCAGCUGCUGGUAUGCUAAAAGCUUACCAUGCAUAUACUACAGCAUGCCCUUUCCAGACAAUGUCACAUCUUUAUGCUAACGAAACUAUCAUGAAACUAGCAGAGAAAACAACAAGGCUUCACAUCAUUGAUUUUGGAAUUCUUUAUGGUUUUCAAUGGCCUUGCCUGAUUGAGGAUCUGUCAACAAGACAUGGUGGACCUCCCAGGUUGCAUAUUACAGGAAUUGAGUUUCCUCAACCAGGUUUCCGACCUGCAGAAAGGGUUGAAGAAACAGGCCGUCGCUUAAGCAAGUAUUGUGAGAGAUUUAAUGUUCCAUUUGAAUAUGAUUCCAUAGCACAGAACUGGGAAAGUAUACAAUAUGAGGAUUUCAAGAUAGACAGAAAUGAGAUGAUUGUCGUUAAUUGUUUGUAUCGCUUAAAGAACAUUCCUGAUGACACAAUGGUGGUGAACAGCAUGAGAGACAGUAUUCUAAAACUGAUGAGGAGAAUCAACCCGGAUAUCUUCAUCCAUGGAGUAGUUAAUGGUACUUACAAUGCACCUUUCUUCCUCACACGCUUUCGAGACGCCCUGUUUCACUUCUCAGCACUGUUCGACAUGAUCGAUUCAACCAUUCCCCGCGAGGAACCUGAAAGAAUGAUGUUUGAGAAAGAAGUAUUUGGAAGGUAUGCAGUGAAUGUGAUUGCUUGUGAGGGUGGGGAGAGGGUUGAAAGGCCAGAGACUUAUAGACAGUGGCAAGCUCGAAACAUAAGGGCUGGGUUUAGGCAGCUUCCAUUAGAUCAGGAGAUCAUGAAGAAGGUGAUAACUACUGUCAAAUCAAAUUACAAUAAGAACUUCAUUGUUGAUGAAGAUAGUCAGUGGAUGUUACAAGGGUGGAAAGGGAGAAUUAUUUAUGCGCUUGCAGUUUGGAAACCUGUUCAUGAUUAAAACUAAAAACUAGGUUUUGUUGUUUCAUUUUUACUUCUCCAGUUGAAGCAUGACUUGCAAUGAAAUUUCAUAAUCUUCCUGAAGAUGCACUAGCUUCGUAGUUGAUGCUCAUCUUUCUAAAUCUUUAUUGGUCUCUUAUGCAUUUGUUUAUUUUUAUCACUCUGAUGGUGGAACUUGCAUUAACAUUUCCAAAUUAUCUCAUUCAUAAUCUAGUUCUCUCAUUCAUAUGAAACAGCUUUUCUUUUCUUUUCAUUUUUUUUUUUUUUUGGUUUUCCAACUGACCCCAUUAUACCUACCACUACCAGCACUAGCUACUUAAAUUUCUGAAGGAGCCAAUCAGAGGUUAAGUGACGGCUACUUUUGUCUCUUUUUAGGAACUUGACAGGAAGAUUCUUCUUUUUUUUUUUUGGCUAAUGAAAAUAUUACCUAGGAUGGCAACCACAUGCUUCUCCUGAGUACAGAGUCCUAUGAGGCUCACACCAAGAACAUGGUCCAGUACUAGUUACCCAGGUCAGUUCUUGUUUCUUGACAGAUAAAACACUAACAGGCAACAGCUUACACGAGAUAUUCCAAGUUCAACCGGAUAUUUAGAUUUUACCAUGAAUCAAUUCUUGAAUCUUGAAAUCAAGAUUAUGUGAAUGAAUUAUCAUCUAGCCACAGUCACACAAGUUUGUAGCAGAAUGAUGGGUGUAACCGUGGCAAUAACAACUCCGCAGCACAUAGACACAGGUAGUACCACUAAAAAUCGUCUGAAACUACAACAUAGAUUCAAGGACCUGACAUCUAAGGAACAACACCUUUCUAAGGAAUGAUAAAGAGGAAAGAUAUCCAAGAUUAGAAGCGGUGGCUGACAGAUUUUUCACUGGUAUGUUUUUGUUAAGUUUUUAUGCUUCACCCUUUCAAAACAAAUUUGAGACAGAAAGGCAACAAUGUGGGGAAACCAUUUCUAUCCCAGCACUUAGAAAGAUAUGGAUGCACUCUCUUCAUCCUACUAUAAAUGGUGCAAUGUCAUCAGUAGAUAAAAAAACUCGUAGAAUCUUAUUUGCUAGAAUCAUGCAUGCGUGCGAGGGAGAACAAGAGGAGAGAGAGAGAGAGAGAGAGAAUAGCCAGAAAUGAAAUCCUUGUAAAAAA